UUUCUGCUUGUGUGUGUGUGUGGAAACUGAGUUGAUGAUAAUAGUUUUUGCGAGUUGGAGGAAAAGCCAGUCGCGUUAGAUUGCUUUAUCCAUUUUCCUGUAAAAGUGCGCGAUCGGGCGAGCUGUGGUAUUACCAGAGAAAAGUGGUUGUGAAAAAGCAUUGAUUAUUCAUAGUUUCUGUGAUCCGGUCUCAUCGAAGAUCUCUCUUUACUCGAACAUCCAAUCCUUAUCAAUCAACCUGUACCUGUCCGAACCACGUCGAAGGACAGUCUCGUUGUUGCUGCAAUUUUCGUGCGAAUGUUUCAAUAGCCUCGAAUUUUUACUACCUACUGUGCAGUUCAAUGUUCUUAUGAAGUGUGUGAACCCCUAUUAUGUACCUUGCAAGCACCUACUAAGCGUAGCACGAGCUGGAUGAAUGGGUUAUCAACCUGAGGCCCCAAGUAACUUGAUAUACACAGCAUUUUUUGUUUAGAUUUUGCAAACCUCAUGUGCUCCAUCUGUGAUAACGCAUUAUCUCUCAGUAGUUUAAUUUAAGAUGACCCCUUACCUGCUCUGUCUGUAUCUGCUUCAAUAUGUGUCAUCGGCUCUUGCUGAACUUGAGCCGCUAGAAAAUGUUGGCGAAAUCCUCCUCACCACAUCAAAGAGUCAUGCGGCGGGGACGACGGAGAAAAACCCGGUGGCGGCAAACCUGGGGUUCGUGCACGCGUUCAUCGCCUCGCUGUCUGUGAUCCUAGUCUCGGAGAUCGGCGACAAGACCUUCUUCAUCGCCGCCAUCAUGGCCAUGCGCCAUCCCAGAAUCACCGUUUUCGCCGGUGCCAUCUCCGCCCUUGCCCUCAUGACCGUCCUCUCCGUUGUGUUUGGCCUAGCUGCGACUGUGAUACCAAGAGUAUAUACUUAUUAUAUUUCAAUACUUUUAUUCUUCAUAUUCGGCGUGAAAAUGCUGCUGGAAGGCUUCAAGAUGUCCCCGAAUGAAGCUCAGCAAGAACUAGAGGGAGUUCAGUCCGAUCUCAAACGACGAGAGGAUGAACUCGCUGAGGAGAAGGUUCGGAAGAAAAGUAAAUGGGGAUCUAGUAGUUCAGUUGUGGGGGUGAGUCCGGAGGAUCCUCCAACAGUGGUGCCAGAUGUAAAAGAAGGUAGUUUAUCGAUAAACUCCGAAAAAAUCAUUAGUUCAGAACCAAUUGGAGUUAAACAUAAAUCUUCUAGUGUGCCUCAGUUUGAACGAGAAGCAUUGGCGCCCGAUGUUGAGUCAGGGAGCGGUACAACCAAAAUUCCUGCCCCAACAAUUAAACUUUUAUCCAGAAUAGUAGUUCAAGCUUUUACAUUAACAUUUCUCGCUGAGUGGGGUGACCGUUCUCAGCUGACGACAAUAGUUCUUGCCGCUACUGAGGAUCCUUAUGGAGUCACUGCGGGUGGAAUAUUUGGUCACUCAAUAUGUACGGGUAUAGCUGUAGUAGGAGGUAGAUUCAUAGCUCAAAGAAUAUCUGUCAGAACAGUUACAAUAAUUGGUGGCAUCGUCUUCUUAAUUUUUGCCUUCACCUCUCUAUUGUUUGAACAAUCAGAAAAAGCUUAGUAAUGCAAACUUUAAAAUUAAAGUGGUGACUACAUUCAAAAUUAAUGGUCGAAGAAGAACGAAUAAGAAGAAAAAUGAUAACCAAUACUUUCAAACCUUUUCAACAGAGGGAAGCUACCAAUUUAUGAUUGGCGUAGAAUGAAUUCAUUACCAUCAAGCACUAAAAGAAGUGCAGCUUUUCUAUGAUUGCUUUUCUAUGAUUACUUUUCUGUGUUAUUGUUACCUUAAUUGGUUAAAAGUUGGAAUUUUAACAUUGAAUUUGUAAAAGUACAGCCUCAGUGGUGAUCAUUUUAUUGCCAAUUUUUCAACCUUUUCUGGCUCUCUAUAUUUUCAAUUCAUAUUUUUUCUUAUCAGGAAUCAAUGUCUUCUUGCAAAGUAUUCUUGCCAAAUAGGGACGAGGUUCACUAUUUAUAUUCUGCUAUUAAAUUUUAUACACAGGAAGCUAAGUUUUAACAGGCCAUUUGUAGCUAUUCUGGCUCUUGAAAAACAGCUGCAUAUCAUCAAGUAGAAAGAAUUCGUCUUUGGAGGAAAUUUAAAAAGCAAUGUACAGUCCAUUAUGGUGCAUGCAGAGCCAUGUUUUUUUUUUUUUUUUUUUUUUUUUUUUUUUUUCCAAAAAUCUCUUUCUUGGUAAAUUUCCUCUCCUCCAUGACAGCCAUCAAUAAAUUUGCAUUUUUUUUACAAAAUCACUCUAUCUUUGGGGUCAUUAGGGGGUUGCGGGAAUCAUUUCCUGCUUCCUUAAUUUUUCUCUAACACCUUAGUGGGUCACUUCAUUUAUAGACGUCGUCCGUAAAUAUUUAGUUUGGUCUUCAGCUUUCCUGCUCUCCUUGGCACGCAGAGUACCUACAGGGCUGUCAAAUCAAGAAAACAUUAGAAAACAGUCAGUGCAAAAAUGACAGGGAAUUUCAUUAAAAAAGACUGGAAAUUUUCCUUAUCCUUUUUAAAAACAGCUUGAGCAAAGAUUUUCGUAAAUUUUAACUCUGGAAAAGGAAAGUGAUAGCUGAGAUGUUUAACUUAAAAUUGAGUUUCAAAAUUACUUCUUCUCUUUGACACUUGUGAGCAGACUGUUUGUUGAAAAAGCCUGGGAAUUUGUCUUGGUUAGGAAGCCGGAAGGGUGAUUAUAGAAAUUGAUAGACAAAAGAGACAAAGAGAAAAUGGAGUGAUCAUGUUAGAGGAAGCAAGUGGUUGCUAUGGACAAAAGAGGCAAGUAAUAGACUAACUAACAGCAACCCAUGAGAAACUCUAUCGUUUGUCCAUAAUUUCCUUCCUUAGUUUGUAACAACCAUACAUUUCAGCCAGUAAGAUCGCUGUAUUUUCUCUUUGUCUAUGAGUCCACUGUCCUUGAAAUGCAAGAACCAACAUGAUUCUUUUGUUGUUAUUUUAGGUUUUUGAAGUUCCUUACUCUGUAAACAAAAGGGUUUUUUUUUAUAAUUCGUAAAAGUCAAACUUACUUGCGUUUCGUAGUGAGGAGUGAGGACGUGCCUGAAAUUUUUGUUUGGGAAUCUUCGCAAAAUGAAGGCAAUUUUUCUGCUGAAAAUGCUCCUCUAUUUGUAUCAAAUGCUAAACCUAGCCGAAAUUAUGUUGUAUUUGAUAGUUUGUCAUUUGAAUGGUAAAAUUUCACUCUGCUGAUCCCUCUAAUUUCCAAAAAUUCCAAGUAAAUUGUUGAAAGCAAGGUCUCAGAAUUUUCUCAUUGGUCUUAUUGUCAUUUCCUGCACAUAGGAACAUAUCUUACCUGAACUAUUUCAGUAUUUCUACAAACAUUUUAUUUUUUCAUGGAAGAAUCAUAUCUUCUCAUACAUGCCUACUGAAAAAUCAUUGGAAAUUUCAGGCAUAACCCUCUGUUUUCCCAUUAAGUAAUAAAAUGUUAGUAAGAUAUGCUGAAACAGUGCAUCGAGGAACAUUCCUUCUUGCAGGAGAGGAUAAAAUUUCAGCGUUUUAUCCAGUUCUUCUAUAAAUGUCCCAACCAAAGCAGAACUGUUUCCUAUUUUAAGUCAAGCUCUACAAAGCUAGUGAACCAAGUAACAAUAUCUUCGUACACGUUUGUCUGGUUAUUAAAAGGCUGUAAAGGGCCCCAUUCAGAAUUAAUUGAUAUUCAUGUGAUUAUUAAAUGUACAGAAAGGUGCUACCUAAUGAAAACUUUUCUUGCAAUUAUGAAAAUAUCUCUUCCUUUCAAGUGAAGAGUUGAUCAUUUUUAGUGUUAGGAUAUGUGAUUAAAGUUAAGUGUUAAUCUAUAGAUAUAUUUCAAUUUUACUUUCAUUUUUCGUUCAGAUCAAAAUCUGUUGUAAGAUUAUGUGUAAAUUUGCCAUGCUCAGGAAGAAUAGUGUCACUUUAUUUUACAUUUUUCAGUUUUUUUUUGAGACAACUAAUUAUACAAAAACUCACUCAUUUUCAGUGUACACUAUUACCCCGAUCAUCUAACUAUCUGUGGUGAGAGAAAAACUGGAUACGAUGAAAUUCAAUCAAAGCGACGUGAACAAUGUAAAAUAUGUAUUUGAAAAAAACGAAAACUCACUUUACUGACAGAAAAUGACGUGAUUCUUUCUGUUUUUGUGAAUCUAAUUUUUUCCCUACAGCAAUGUCCGGCUGUCUCCUGAACUUAACGUUGUCAUGUCCUGAAACCUAAGUUUGUUUGUUACUCAUGAAUACUUUCAAUAUUGUUUUGUUGCCAUGUAUGAUAAUUGGGGUAUAACUGUAGUUGCAUCUUGCCAUAAAUUACACAACCUGAAAAUGUAGAAUCAGAAAAUUGCUUCAGUUUUUUAUUUUUUGUUUUAAACACAACGCUUUCAUGCUGAAAAAUGUGGAAUGGGGGUGGAUUUUUUCCUGCUGACUAUUGAAUUGUGACUCUUCUUUAUUGCCAGAGAGCCCUGCUUUACAGCUGAGUUCUGUGCAUGACACUCUUAACUUGACAAUGACGAUAACAACAAUCAACGGCUCUAUCGACAAUUAAUACUUAGUCUAAAAUUGUAAAGAGAGUACAAAUAAAAUAAAUAAGAGAGCAAACCCUACUUUUAAGGUUAAUUUCAAUUAGUUAAGUGUCAGAUAUGGUGACUAUGACUUGCACCAAAUGCAUCAGCAGCAUAAGUUAUUUCAACUUGUGAACAUUUGUGUUGUUCAGGUUGCUCCCUGUCGGUAAGUGAUUGGUACAAUCGUUGCCUACGAGAAUGGCAACAGGGCAACGGUACAAUCUGUCCAGGAUGCACUGGGACCAAAAAAGUAACUAGAAAUACUGGCCCAUUUUAGUGGUUUUUUGCUGCUUAAAAGGAAUAGACUGGUUCAAAGUAACCUUGUCUAACAAGUCUCAAGAGCUGUGCAAUCUUUUCUAUUAUUCUUACACAAUUAAUUUUGUCCAUCCUGAUUCCCGAUCUACUAAGAAUAUUGAUGCUGUAAGUCGGCAAUCACAUAACUCGGUUUGGGACGUCGCAGACUUUUUGUCAUACUUCAUUUUUUAAUGGAAAACUACUCAACGGCAAUUCUUUGAAACUGCCGUGAUUUUUCUUCUCUGUGCAAAGAAAAUUCUGCAUAAACUUCAAGGAAUGAUGUCAAUUUGUUCUCUUUCAAAAAAAAUAACAGAGGCGAAGAUUUUUAGACACUGCAAACGAGGAAUGUGCUUGCGGACUUAGGCUGUUGAUAGAUACAUUUUGCAAGAAAAUUAAAAAAAAAUCUGUUUAAAUUUUGUGCUCUUUACAACUUGUAUCCAUAUUCAAAAUCUCAAAACAAGUAAAGAAAAGUCAAAAAAUUAAAAUAUUUAUUUGAAUGCUGAUUUUAUCCUCAGCCCAAGUAGAGAUGCUCGGCAUGAAUUUAUUUGGACAGUCUUGAUAGUUUAUACCUACUAUCAAGUGUUUUUUGAGCUCUGAGUUUUUUUUUAAUUUGAGUUCUGGUCGGAAUAAAUUUUUUCAGAGGUCAAGGCAGAUGAUGUAAAACUUUCCCUACAGAGCUUUAAGCUCGUGUAUAUUUGCUUAAGUUCCUUCCGGAUAGCGCAGAUUACUAAACUGUCAUUAACUCCUUUUCCUUCGAUCACAUUUUUUAUUUUUUUUUAUUUUGCUUACUUUUUUAAUAAUAUUUCUGUUUAUGAAUUCUCUCUGUUUUUAUUGUUAACUUUAAUAUGAGAGAUGUGUGUUUUAUUUUUAUAUGUGAGUUGUUUUUUUUUAAAAAAAAUGUUAAAAAUUAGAAGUUCUGUUUGAUUUCAUGACUAAAAAUUGACUUGCAUAUUAAAUUAAGUUAAACUCUCUCCGCCAACAGUUUCUUCAUGAUAAAUAUAAUGAAUACUCCUGUAUCCUCUUGUCAAGCUCUUGAAAGAUUUACCAUCGUUUACUGAAACGUAAUUUUCUACCUAAUUAUUUCUCACUUAAUUUUCUAUAUUGUAAAUUAUGAGAACCAACAAUUGUAGAAAUUCAGCCUUGUGUCUGACUUCUGUUGAACUUAUUUCAUAUUAAAUUUGAUUUUUUGUGUGUUAAUUCUGAUCAAAGAAUUAUUCUAGAAACAAAAUAAAUUUUUCCACAUAA